GGGGAGGACCCAGCUGGAGCACGCCACCCACGGCAGGACGAAAAAGCGAUACCAGGAGAACAAAACACUGCAGCAGAAGCAGACUAAGAGAAGCACCACCGCGCCACGGCCCACCCCGCGGCGCCGUGAGGAAGGCCCGGCCACGCCUGGAGGAGACAACGGAAAGAAAACAGACGAGCCAAGUGAACAGACAGGCAGGGUGAAGCAUACAAGUGUGCGCCGGGCAGGAGUGCAUAGUGAAGUACAGAAGUGUGAGGAAGAACCAAGGAGGACCUGAGAAGCGAUACAGCUCUAAGAAGGCAUGGCACUGCUGCGGGCCGGCCGGGGGCUGUGUGCACGCCUGCCCGGGGCGGCGGCAGACACACGUGUGUGGGUGAGCACCUUUCAAGAACUGUGUCGGACCAACGGCCGAGAGGAAGCAGUGGUGGUGACAGACGAUGGCAACACCAUUGUGUGUUGGCACCCACAGCCAGACAUCCCUUAUGAGAUGACAAGGCCACUCCCUGCAGCCCCACCAGAAUCUGACUCAGUGCUGAAGGUGCAGGCGCAGGACACGAAGAAGCUGUUCCAAAGGAAGCACCCAUUCUUUGUCAACAAGGCACUGCGGGAGCUGACCUUCACCAACAAGCACAAGUGGUUCCCGAGCUCUGAGAAAAGAUUUGCCAAGAAGAAUCCUCCAAGAGAUCGAGAAUAUUUAUAGAGAUAGGAAUUCAUCACUGUAAAUAUGUAAUAAAGUAAUACCUUCUUAAA